UUUACUUGAAAGACUUGAACAAGAGAUGUGGAAAUUAUCGGUUGGAGGGUUGGUUGGAAUAAUUCUCUGUUUUCAAUAUGCUCACUCCCAGGUAGCGGACAGACUUGCCAACAAUCUUGAUGUAAAAUAUGCUGUUCGUACGAACUUUGCGGUAGUGGGUAGAGUUCCCCAUUCUGUGGCGGUAUUAACAUUAACCAACAAAGGAAACACCGCAUUGCCAGACACUGGAUAUUCUAUAUUCUUCUGUCAUGACAAUUUCCUGUUCCCCGUCAGCUAUCAGGAGGAAUUAGCAAAAUACGAGGCAGCACCUUAUGGGGGACCUUUAAUGAUUGACGGAUAUAAUAUCAAUUUCCUCCAUGGCUGUAUGUAUGAAAUGAAGGCAGUUAACGCUGGACUUCGACCCCAGGAAUCAAAGAACAUUACCUUAUACUUCCAACCUUUUACUGUGAGUAGAUAUGACUCUUUCCGAAACUGGUAUGUAGUUGAUGAUGCAAAGAGUGUCCGAGUGUUACCAGAUACCCAAAAUCUUGACUUUGUGGCGGACUUUAAAACGCCUCUAAACCAGUUACGUAGAACGGAUGAUCUGGAGAGUGUACCAAAGGAGCCACAAGACAGACAGAAUGCCUACGUACCUUUUAAGAGCGGAGUCCUUUACGAUGUCACACCAAAGCCUAGAGAACAGACAGUUAACCAACCAGUCAAUCUGAUUGACGUCACGGCAGCAAAAGGAGGUUGGAAGAUCGAUGCCACAAGCCCCAUCCUUAAUUCAGCAAAAGAUUAUCUAGCUUCCCAGACCAAGAUAAAGACAGCUGAAGCGGCCCCAACUAACCCCAAAACGAUAGAGCUCAAUCUAAAACCGGCAGCUUAUUUCCCAACCCAGAUCUACGGACCCGUUACCGACGAAGCUUACGAGUUGAAGAUAACUCCUAAUAAAAUUGAAAUCAAUGGCAGAUCUCGUAAAGGAGUCAUCAAUGGUAUCCAUACCUUUAUCUCGCAGCAGGCAUGGAGAGAGGUCCCCGCACAAACUAUCAGGGAUGGUCCAAGAUUCCCUGAAAGAGCCCUACAGCUGGACAUAGCCUCCAACUUCUACACACCGUCAGAAAUCAAAAAAAUAAUAGAUUUGAUGGCUUACUACAAACUCAACCGUCUGUACUUGCAGAUCUGGAACAACCAUGGGCUCCGACUGGAUAUGGGUCUUGGAGCAGCACAGUUUGCUGGAAAAAGAUGCCAUGACCUAAGUGAGGAUAUGUGUCUAUUAACCCAACUUGGUUCAAACCCUGAUGGAACCGGACUAGGGAACGGUUACCUAACUCCAGAACAAUACAAAAAUCUCAUAAAAUAUGCAGAUAAUCGCGGAAUAAUGAUUGUUCCAUCUGUCAACGUCGGUGAUAAUGCACGUGCUAUGGUAGUUGGUAUGCAAGGUGUCCUCAAUAAAGGUCAACAAGGAUUUAGUUUGUUCGACCCAACAGAAGUAGAUGAUUUGAGAAUCUCUGGAAGAUAUCCUGGAAAAGACAGCGCCAUUAAUCCAUGCAGACCUGAAACCAUGCAAUUUGUAAAGUUUGUGUUAAGGAGUUUGAAAAAGCUCCAUCAAGACGCAGGAAGAAAUUUAACGAGGUUGCACUUUGGAUCCGACUUCAACACCGAACAGAUGAUGACCUCCAAACACUGUUUCCCUACAGCUCCCAGAAAUGCAACAGAGUUACAAGCCGCUCGUUCCAAGCUAACAGCCAUAAAAGCUGACUUCCUCGCAAAACUUGGAGUAUUAUUUACCGCCGAGAAUGUUGAUAUCAGCGGAACAGUUGAUUUUUUCACCGGCUUUCCCGAUAACGAGUUUGUAUCCAGAAUGACAAUUAUGGACAAAGCUAAACGAUAUCCCAACAUCAACGCUUUUGCGGUCAACGAUGACUACAUGAGAUUCAAUCCACCUGCAGGACCAAACACGCGAAUGGAAGUCUACUCUCAGCGUGCUCAACUUCUGAAGAACAACGGAUACAAGGUUCUGGUCUCACCUCCACAUAAGACAAAAUUUGACACAGCCUACGAACCCGAUCCACACGCUCCCGGGGAUUACAGUGUUGCCACAAGAAACGUGAGCUUACGCGAGGCUUUCGCAUGGGUACCGAACAGCAGGUGCUGCAACCUUAAUUUAGCUCCCGAACAAGUAGCCAAUGAAGUCACCAAGCAUGGCUGCCUUGUAGAGACUCUGUGUGACGCUUUUGCUGAAGGCGUAACUGGUUUUGACGGUACACUUGCUACCAUCGAUACACGUAAGCUACCGAACAUCAACACAACUCUUCGACUUCUAAGUCCCCGUAUAUUUGCCUUCGCGGAACGUUCUUGGCACGAGGCCCCGUGGGAGGCGUCAUUUACAGGAUCUACGCCUUACCAACCUCCUGCAGCACAAAAUCGGGCCAUGAUGCCACCAUUAGAUAUAUCACCAACUCUCGAUCCAGACUUUACCGGGCUAGAAAACGACUACCAGCGAUUCAGGAGCAUUAUUGGUGCAAAGGAAGUCAUGAGAGUAGCCAGCAAGGGACUGCCCGUCUUCUGCUCAGCGCCAGGGGCAAGAGUUGUAAGACAACCAACCGGUGACAAAUUAGAAUCGUCAUGUAUGUACCCUAACAUGAAAGUCUAUGUCAAAAACAACAUGGGACAGUUUGAAGAAAUGAAAACAAUACCAACAACAAAUGUGACGAUAAAAUGCCAGUAUUAUAUGGCUAGUUUCCGACGCUUUUUUGAGUGCCAUGAACAAGAGUUCAAUUCAAAUCUCGAUAAAACACCCUACCAACAUGUUUAUGAUCAUAUACAACAAAGGGCAGAGGCCAUGCGAAGAGAGCGAGAGGCUCUCAGAGCCCGUGAACAACAAAAUCUCCUGGAGAUGGCCAGACGGCAAGCUGCACAGCAAGCCGCACAACAAGCUGCAUUUUUACGACAGCAACAACAAGGAGGGCAACAAGGUGGGCAACUUCCUGGAAAUGCACAACUUUCGGGAAAUGGACAACUUCCGGGCGCUGGGCAACAAGGAAGAGGACAAGGACAAAGAGGUCAACAGCGUGCAGGUGCCGGACAAGCAGGAAGGGUCCAACAGAGAAGAGGCGGUUAAAUCAGUUGUGUCCUAAAUUAUAACAUCAACUGGAUGUGUCCAAUAGUACUGUUUGUUUUAUGAAGCAAAUCCAUUAUUAUUUUCACAAUUUUAACAUUUAAUGAAUACUUUUUUUUGUUUUAUACGAAAAAAAAAUUGUGAAAGCAACAUUUUUUUUAUUUGAGGAUUUAAGAAUUCGUGUGUUUUAAUAAGCAUAUUUAACAUACUUGUUGUAAAGAUUUAAAUUAGCAUAGGAAUAUACAUUUAAAUAUCUGUUACUUUCUUUAACCAACAAUUGUUUUAGUUAUCAGAUGAUGCUUUUUGCUUGUCUCUGAUUUUGGAACACUGACAGCAUUUUAUUUCAGUUUGAAUGGAUAAUGUACCCAACCUUAAUCAUAUUCUGCACUAAAAUAUAUAUUUUUAUACAUCUAAAAAUAAUUAAUGAUCCCUGUUAUUGCUUAAGGAGGAAUGUUCUUCUGCUAAGGAACAUAAUUCAAAAGCCAGUUUGAUUCUUUUAUAAAAUUUUCAUCUUAUACAAUGCCUUAUCUCAAAUUUUACCCUAAAUAGUAAACUCAACUUAAAUCUUAAAUUUUUAUCCCUACUAUCUGUUAGAAAAUUGAGAUCUUACAGACAGAUUCCAUGUUUGGUGAGCAGAGGUGCAUUCUUCCUUAAUUGAUGAUACAGGCCAUAUGUGUCCCUCUACAAAAUCAAUUUGAAUGUAAAUUCAUACUUUUCAUACCAAUAUAUUCUUUUUUCCAUGUUACUCAAUCUCUGCUAUGGACUUCUACAUGAUGUGACAUGACUGUUAUCUAUCUGUUUUCAUAAAAAAAUAAAAACAAAAACAAAUUUCCAAGCUUGAUGUGAUCUGAAAUACACCGUUGUUGCAAUGUUUACGAAUUUUCCAAGUAUAAAUCUGGUACAUUAAAUGUAUGUGGAAUUCUUAUUUUUAUAUGUUUAUACAAACUAUGUAGUGAUACAAAGUGAUACAUGAUCUCAUGAAAGCUCUGUUAUGAAAAUAAUAUUCUCAUCCAGUGAUUUGCAUGCAUUCAUGGUGCACUCUAUGAUGUUGAUUGAAUUAAAAUUGGAAACGGGA